CUCGGGGAGGGGCUUGUGCAGCCCCCGGGGGAGGGCGGCCAGGCGGGGACGCCGCCAGCCGCCGGCGGCUCCUUCAUCCCCUACCACCGAGAAGCUCUUGAGCCUCGCGGAUUGCUGCCGGGCGUCCGGCCGGGCUACUAAGCAGAAGAUGGUGGAUCGACUGGCAAAUAGUGAAGCAAAUACUAGACGUAUAAGUAUAGUGGAAAACUGUUUUGGAGCAGCUGGACAACCUUUGACUAUUCCUGGACGAGUUCUUAUUGGAGAAGGAGUAUUGACUAAGUUGUGUAGAAAGAAGCCAAAAGCAAGGCAGUUUUUCCUAUUUAAUGAUAUUCUUGUCUAUGGCAAUAUUGUCAUUCAGAAGAAAAAAUACAAUAAACAGCAUAUAAUUCCCCUGGAAAAUGUCACUAUUGAUUCCAUAAAGGAUGAGGGGGAUCUACGGAAUGGAUGGCUUAUCAAGACACCAACUAAAUCAUUUGCUGUUUAUGCUGCCACAGCUACUGAAAAAUCAGAAUGGAUGAAUCAUAUAAAUAAGUGUGUUACUGAUUUACUCUCCAAAAGUGGGAAGACUCCCAGUAAUGAACAUGCUGCCGUUUGGGUACCUGAUUCUGAGGCGACUGUGUGUAUGCGUUGUCAGAAAGCAAAAUUUACUCCUGUUAAUCGUCGCCACCACUGCCGCAAAUGUGGCUUUGUUGUUUGUGGGCCUUGCUCAGAGAAACGAUUUCUUCUACCUAGUCAAUCGUCCAAGCCUGUGAGAAUUUGUGAUUUCUGCUUUGAUCUACUUUCGACUGGGGACUUGGCUACAUGUCAGCCUACUAGAUCAGACUCUUAUAGCCAAUCACCUAAGUCUUUGAAUAAUGUAUCUGAUGAUGAAGAUGAUGAAGAUAGUAGUGACUAAAGAUAUAAAAGUAUUUUCAGAAACAGAAUUGAGUAUGAUUAGAGAUAUCUGUGUUGGGAAAUUUAUUAUUGUGGCCUCCAAAAUUUCAUUCUAGCCAUAAAUUUACCUGAGAAACUUCCAACCUAUGUGCCUCAGUAUAUCCUAUAGAGUAGUUUCACUCUUCUGCAGGGAUAGACUAUUGCAAAUUUAUCACAUAAUUUUCCACCUUCUUGUACUUGAGUUUUUCUAGACUAUCCUUUUCAUAUAAGGUUGGAAAAAUUCAGUUAGAGCUUUUUUAUUUAAUAGAUAAUAUGUGACAUUGGUAUUUUCACCAGUUCUGUAUUUUGGUAUAAAAGAAAAUUAAAGAAUCAUAAAAUUAUGGAAAACUGAAUGUACUUUUGAAUUAGUAAGUUAUUUACACAAAAUUAGUAGUUUUUCUAACCAUACUGUUUAGUGAUUAAGGCCCCUAAUAAACAUAGGUGUCAUUUGUUUGGCAUGACCUUAUUUUGCUUUUGCUUUUGUAUGCCAUGUAGUGCCUUAUAUUGAUAGCACAGUUACAGGAAUAAAUAAGCCCCUAUGUUCUCAUCUUUUCAAUUAUAGAUAAGAGAAAAACCCAUUGGUGCUAUUUGAGAUAAAAAAUGAUAAAAUUAGUGUUUAUGAAAGGGUAUAAUGUUUUUCUAACUGUGACUACUAAUUUAGAGGUGGUCGUUUCCAUGUGGGCAUGUUUUUCCUAUAAAAUAAGAGUGAUUAUAUUCUUACAUUUUUAUAAGCACCAAAUUGUAUUUGACAAGCCAGAAUUUUUUAUUAGUAAGGCUGUAUUGUUUAAAAAUUUCCAACUUAUCAAGUUUAUUUUGAACCUUUUCAAUACUAUGUUGGUCUCUAAUUUUAAUAAGAAUUAUUUCAAAGUGUAAAUUUAAUGGCUUUAAAAAUUGAAGUGAAUGCAAAAAAUUGCCAUCUAAUACCCUAAAAAAUAAGCUGUCUCUUCAAUGUUCAGUAAUAAGUGAAUGAAAAGUACUUUGUUAAAAAAAUGGAAAAGAAACUUGGACCUAAAAAGUUGUAAUUAAAUCAUUUGCAUAAAUAAUCAGUGCAGAAAAUGUCUUUAACAUACUUAAUUUUGAACAGAUUUGUAUCUUCAGAGGUCUUAGCUCAGGAUAAAAUAAAGCUUGAGCUUAUAAUUAUUAGUAUACUAGGUUUUGUAAAGUUUUAUAAAAUCCCCACAAAUAUUUCUAUUUUUGUAAAAUGAUAGUAUGUUUAAUUUGUUUCUUAUGUCUUUUUUUGAAAUCCAUGAAAAUAGAGUAGCAAAUGAUCUUUCAAAAUUGUGAGCUUUGCUCAAUGUAGGUUAUUUUUGAGAAGUGACCAUUUCUGCACUGUUUGCAAACUUUGAAGUAACCAUUAGGUCAAAAGUAUAUUUAUUAAAUAAACCUGUAUGUGUAUUGCACUAGUUUUCCUGUUCAUUUGCUGGAGAAGAUAACUAUAGUGAUUUUUUGUGUAUAAAAAUAAUCAAUUUGAAAUGUAUUGACUAUAAUUCUGGGCUCUUCUGUUUUGUCUUAAAAUUUGAAUACAUGGUGCAGAUAUCAUGAGAGACUUGAUUCAUUAAUUUAUGUACCUGAGAAUUGUUACAGUGUCUUAAAAUUAGAUUGAAGCACUAUUUUGAUUGAUUUUGUUUUAAUUUUUUUUAAACUCCAGAGAUGAUUAGAUCUAUCUUAACCUGUUUGUAGUAUGAAGCAAAAUCUAGCAAGGAUGCAUAGAGAUACCUUCAGGUAUAUGUACAUGACUGACAUGUGCUAUCCUCAUGUGUUUGUAUAUUUUAAAUAUGCAUUUGGGUGUCUUUGUAUUUAUAUGUGUGUGUGUCUGUAUAUACAGACACACACACAGACACCCCGAUGCUUCAUACUUAUAUUGAUAUAAUUGCCUGAGAAGUAUGAUAAAACCUGAGACCUGAGAUAGUUGUUUUGUUCAUAUCCUGGUACAUAGGAAAUUAACCUGUUUUAGGAGACAAGUGGAACUGUUCUAAGAAAGCAUUUUCAUUUUUAACCUAUUGACUAUAUAUUUUUAUAAUUAAAAAUGUUCAGUUACUGUUUUUUAGAAUGUGAUCCUGAUAUUUUUUCUUCUAGUAUAAAUACAUAAUUGGAUAUAAUUUACUUUCUUGUUUUCUUCCUUCUUUUUAAAACAGUCUUCUAAGAUGUUAUGCUUUUCCCUUAAAUGCCUUUUUCUGCACUUUUUGGAAAUUGAGUUGUAAAGUAAAACAGAACUAUCUCAUUUUUUAUGAACUUUUCCCAUAAAUGACAUUUGUACUGUUCUGUACAGAUCCUUGAAGCUAUAACCAAAUUGCUGGCAAUUGUAGUUGGAGGAAAAAUACAAUUUUCUAUGGAGGGGAAAAAUAUGAUUUAAGUGGAAAGUACCUAAUAUAUAGAAAUUCAAAGCCAAUGGGGCCCUAUAUAAAAAUUGUAAUAAGGUAAUGUUACAGGUUAAUAUUACAAUUGCUUGUUGAUAUAUACAUUGAAUAAGUAUACUUAUUCCCAUUAUUUUGAAUUUUUCAUAAUGGGUGUGAACUGUGUUUGUGUAACUUAAAAUUUUUGAAAGGGCUCAAUACUUGUAAUCUGUUUUCUGUCAGACUUAAUAGUUUUUGUGCUCAAAUAUAUGAUGUAGCUUUUAA